AUCUAUUACCGAGCCACGGGAUCUCCCGAGUUCCGAACUCGUUCGUUUAUUAUCAUCAGAUAUUCCGAAAAUUGUUGUACUUAAUAUUAUAACAUCAAUUAAUAUACAUUAAGUAUUGUAUAUAUACUCAAUAGCACCUAUACAAUCGUUAUUUAUACCUUUUAUACGUCUCGGACUUAUGAUUGCAUUUUCUAAUCAUUGAUCGUUCUGAUUUAUUUUUGGUCGUGUCGUAUUUUCGUGUUUGGUUUACUGCUGCACGUUCGUAGAACGUACGCCGUUUACAGUGAUUUAUUAUUGAAUUGUUUGUACUUAUUAUCCCGCGCUAUUUUGUUUUUGUGUUUGGUACGAUUUUCUCGGCAUCCAGGAAAGUCGACGUUCACGCAUACAUCGCUAAGACCAUGACAAACCGUCUUUAAAGCAUUUUUUGUUGGUAUUAAUAUUGAUCGGUAUUCUGUAAGCGGCUUCAGCUAUGUCGACAGCAAGAAAAAACAAUUUACUGGUUAAAAACACUGGAAUGAGCUUAAAUGACAGGUUCACGCAAAUUCAAAAAAAAUCUAAGCCAACUGCAGAUGAUGAACUUGUGAGAAAACAUCGAAUUCUUUCAUUUAACAUGGAACGUCGACCUGAAGUGGCUGCUUCUUUAUUAAUGAAUCAGGAAUUUGUGGGUAGAGAACGACUUCGUGUACCGCUUCCGCCACCCUUACCUCCUCCAAGACCUGAAAUCGAUAAUCGCAUGUAUAAUACUAUUAUACAUGAUAUGAUAAGAUCAACAGAUAGAUUAGGUAUUCCUGUUCAUGAAAGACUAACUAUAGGAAGAGUUCCAGUGGUGGAAGAUAGAAGGAGAAUAAGGAGAAGAAGAGGCCCUAAGACUAAAACACGUGAACCUGUUAAACUCAACGUAAACACAAAUGGAAAUAUUCCAGGAAUUCCUAAGGUUUCUAAAUCUAAAAAGCGGAAAAUAUCAAAACAGAGAGAUCAGUUUCCUCGUAAAGAACAAGUAUUUUCUAAAGAAGAUUUAGACCAACAACUGGAUCAGUUUAUGUCACAUACCAAACAAAAACGAGACGAAGAAUUGAAUAGAGUUAUUCAAGAACAUUCUUAACAAAUCAUGUACGAUUAAAUAUUUAUAAUUCAUUUAUUUGGUAAAAAUUAUUUUAAUUAUUCAUGGGUAUGAUACGUAACAUUCAAAGUAUAUAAUUAAAUAUUUCUAAAUACUGCCUUAUUUUAAUUACAAGUUCAAAAUAUAAUUUCUAAUUUGUAAUUCUAAGUAUCAUUUAAUUUAAAAAGAAAUUUAAUAGGAGUAUAAAUUGAAGCUAUAUUAAAUAUUUUACUUUGUGUUAUCAUUUUUCAGAUACACUGACUGUCUAUUUAUAAUAAUAAAAGUAUAAACUUAAAAAAAAAAAAAUGUGUAUUAGGCAUUUAAUAAUAAACUAUAAAAAUAUUA